GUACAGUGCGCUUGCAACGUUUGUUCUGGCAGCAACAAGAGCGCUGGAUCAAAUCACUCGGAACGCUGUUGCACAUCGUGCGGUGCAGCCGUUGCACGACGUGGGAACCAAAGAAGACCGGCACCGCCAAGGCAUUGGCGUGGGACUGACAGCCUUCGGUGAAUUCCGGUAUGUACGAGAAGCGGCAAGCCGUGCUUUGCACUGGGAGUCGAGCGUCAACAAUUAUGUCGGAUCUCUUGUUCGCUUCGGUCCCACGGAAUCGAAGGACACCUGUCUCGUAUCCAGGAGGCGUGACGCGCCCAGCUGAAUUUGCGCCUGUUUCGAACGGCGCCUGGCGAAGGUCUGUCGUCGUUUUGCCACAGACGGCUUGCGUAGAGGUGCGAGGCAGCUUACAUUGUACGCUGUGAAGCGCCCAGUGCGUCUUUACGCGCCGCCAGCUAGGUUCACCGACGAGGUCAACGAACCAGCCGUGCCCCUUCGCAUGUCCACCGUCCGAGUUCUUGAGGCCGAAGUUCGAAGCAAGAAGUGCACGGCGCAGACGGCGUGAUAUGCCGAAGUUCGAAGGCAAUCUCAACACAGCUGGGUUUGGAUCGAAUAUUUGACUCGCUCCAAGGACUCUGGAGGGUCCCGCUUGGGACACCCGGCUUGCGAUUGGGCAGCUGCUUUGGCUGCAUUGCCUCUCACCCACCACUUUACAUUUUGUCGCCAAGCACCACAAGCAUGUUUGCCCCUAUCGCAUUCCUCCUCUCGGCCGUCGCCGCCGUCGCCCAGACCAACGUCACCGACGCCACGAUCCUUCUCCCGGCCAACAGCUCCUUCGUGCCUGCCAACGUGACGCUCGUCGCGGUCAACGGCACCUUUGGCGCCAUCAACGCGACCUUCACGAACGUGACGCUUGCCGGCAACGUCUCGGAGCCGACGAUCCUCCUUCCGUUCAACGUGACGCUGGUCAGCUGGAACGGCACCUUGGCCAACGGCACCGCGAUCAACGGCACCUUCGCCAACAGCACGUUUGCCGGCGUGAACGCGACGGGCCGCCCGGUGCUGCUCCCCAACGUCUCGGGCAACGCGUCGCGCCAGCUUGAUGACGGCACGAUUCGGUUCCCUUCGACCAUGUAAUCAUGUACUAAUCUAUUGUCUGUUCAAGUUGGAUCCUGCUGCGUUCUAUCAACUCCCGUAAACCUGACGUGCGACGAAGGAUCUGGAUCGUCAAAGGAAGGCUAUGCCAUGCGAAAUCACAGCGCAAACGACCAGAUUUAGC